GAGCGGAGCUGUGAAGUGUCACCUCAUUGUGUGUUGGUUAGCUUGUUCAAACUGAUACCAUCCCACUAACCGCAGAGAGUUUUUGACUGAAGAGCUGCAGGAAGGUGUUGUCAGUGUCUGAAGGGAAAGAUCUUCGAUACAGCCAGAGCCUUGUCUCAAAGGAAGAUGCUGCAGUUCUCAACAGGACCUCUGCUUCUCCUCCUACCCUGGUUUGGUGGACUGGUCAUCGGAGAGGUCAGCAACGACUUUUCCCACUGCCUCGAUUUCUUCUAUGAAAAAACUCCACCACUGGGCUUCACUAAAGCAGAAUACCAGCCAAUAUGCCAGCGCUACAAACACACGAACCACUUUGCCACCCUGUAUCACCGUCGGCGUCGUACACCACUGUACUCUGCCUAUAAACUCAGUUUUCAGAAGGGCCAAAACCGGCCCGGUGCUAACUGGGAGUAUGAACCACAGCUGGCGUCUCCCAAAGCCGGCCCAGAUAUGCAGCCUUUCCCACGCGAAAUCCCAAAGAGAGUGAAGAACAGCCAGGCGAUACCUGAGGAUUACAAGAACUCCAGCUACACUAGGGGCCAUCUCAAUCCCAGCAUGCACCACAAGAUAAAAGCAGAUCGUGAGGCUACCUUCACCCUGACAAACAUUGUCCCGCAGCAGCAAGGCUCCAACCAGCAUACCUGGAAUCAUCUGGAGAAGGAGGUGUUAAAUAGAUUCAAGGCUCACUGCAACAGGUUGAUGUAUGUGAUCACUGGGGUCAUGCCUUACAAAUAUGAGGCACACCAGAUAAAGAAGAGGGUGUCUGUUCCUGAGUACAUGUGGUCUGCCUACUGCUGCCCAUCCUACAAGCGCAGCCUUCCUGAGUCUGCGAGGUCGUUUUUCCCCACGUACGCUGCAGUGGGAAGAAAUGACCGUGACAGUGGGGAGGAGAUUGUGCCGGUGAAUCCUGACGCGAACGACAGGAUCCGUGGUUAUGAUGUGAGGCAGAUGCCUCUUCAAGAACUAGAGCGCAUCUUGAGGAGGAAACUGAGAAUGCCCAGACUGAGUCUGUUUAAAGGGCAGUGUCAGUAACGUAGGGUCACAGACUCUUUAUACAUCUAUCAUAGCCAAGGUUGUUAUAGAAACUCCCUUAAUGCUUAAUUAAUGUGUGUGUACUUAAAUAAGAUAUCCUUUCAUCACUAAAUGUUUCUAUUGAGUAUGAUCUUGCAGAAUUCCUAUUGUCAAUGUCAUCUUGCACCGACCUGAUGCUUCUCCAAUAAAAUCAGAC